AUGGCGUCAAAUGCAGCGACAAGGCCCGCGGCAGGGCCGCUCGCCUUCAUGACCAAGCUCUCCCCCUGUGUCUACUUCUAUCGCCCGGAAACGCCUCCGUUGGCGCCCCCGACCUCCGAGAAGACCCCCCACUCGUCCAGGAGGGCGCCCCCAAGACUGAUCGUCCUCGCGACGUGGAUGGGCGCGCGAGAGCCGCACAUCGCCAAAUACCUGCUCAAGUACCGAGACCUGUACCCGACCUCUCCGAUCCUCCUGCUGCGCUCCGAGCCGCGCCACUUCAUCCGUCCGGGUACCGGCGCGCGAGACUUUGCGCCCGCCGUCCCGUGCGUCCGCUCCAUCUUCCCCGACCUCGGCGGCGCCGGCGCCGGCUCCGGCGGUGGUGAUGAUGCGGCGGCCAAGGAAGAAGCCGGACGGCCGGAGAGAGAACCGCAGCUGCUCCUGCACGCCUGGUCCAACGGCGGCGCCUCCUCGCUGGUCCAGCUCCGCGCGGCGCUCGGCCUCUUGCCGGAGGAGGAGAAAACCUCCCCCUCCCCCUCCUCCUCCUCCUCCUCCUCCUCUUCUUCCUCGUCCUCGUCCUCGUCCUCGUCCUCGUCCUCAUCCUCCUCUCUCCCGCCGUACACGCUCGUGCUGGACUCGGCCCCGGGCGCGUACCGGUUCUGGGCCAGCUACCGGGCCUUCACGGCGGGGCUGAGCGGGUGGGCGCUGUGGCUGGCGGCGCCGGUGGUGCACGCGCUCUGCGUGUGGUACUGGGUGCGGCACGCGGUGGUGGGCCGGGGCCGGACGGGCCCGCUGGCGCGGCUGCGGCGGGCGCUCAACGACGCGGUCGCGCGCCGGGCCGAGCUGCGCCGCGCCUACGUCUACAGCCCCGCGGACCGGCUCGUCGGCUGGCGCGACGUCGAGGCCCACGCCGCAGAUGCCGACCGCGCCGGCUUCGCUGUCGUCCGCAGGGAGAGGUUCGACGGCAGCGAGCACGUCGCCCACGUCCGGGUCGACGCCGACAGGUACUGGCGCGUCGCGAGGGAGACUUGGGAAGGUUUGGCCGAAUUAGCUACUCAUAUCCCUUGGGACAUUAGAUCUGAAAUGAUAUCGUCGUUUGGCGAUAUCAGAUGGCAGUCUUUGGUCCUCCCACCAACAACAGCCCACCUCCUUCCUCCGUCUGUGCCGAGUAUACCUCGUCCCAUUGCUGCGAUUGAGAAUGAGCAUGCCAUUAUCAUUACCGUCGUCACUCAUCCGCGUCAUUGCCUCGUUAUGCUCGUGCCGUCUGCGCCCCGGUGGUUUCUUGUGCUCGGGCCGGCAUGCGCUGGCCACCUCGAGGGCCUCGUUCUCGUCCAUACCGCCAUCGUAGCCCUCGUCCGCGUACAGCUCGGCCGCGCACGAGUCGCAUUCUUGGUCGUGGUCCUUCUCGUCCACCGAGACGCCGGCCUUGCAGGUGCCAAAGCUUCCGUUGUUUUUCGCCUCGAGACAACUGAGCUGUUGACUGAGCUCCUGCCAUACAAAGGCCCCGGAGCAGUGCGGGCACGUCCCCUUGAAGACGACGAGGCGGCACAUGGUUUGGAAGUUCCUCGAGCGGCCGGACAGCCCCUCUGCUUGAUGUGGUGUUGUGUUGCAGAACGGGCGCAACGGAGGAGAGGUGAAAGGGCUCCGUGUCCCCCCCUCCCCCUCCGCGCCGGAAGAAAAGACGCAGAACUCGGCCGGGUGGCGCAACUCGGGCGACUCCGCCGGACUAGCAGGACCCUUUGCCUGCGGACGGGGAGAGGGCGGACGAACAGAUUGAUUAGCGUAAACGGAACUCGAUGCCUUGCAGAGGGACUCUAG